AUGCCCCACGCUGUGUCGAUGCCCUCGCCAGGGCUCCAAGCCUUGGUUCUUUGCGGUCCGGGAUCUUCAUUCCCGACUUUCACUUCGAAUCCCGAUGAGAACCCCAAGGCGCUCUUGCCCAUCGCCAACAGGCCCAUGGUUUGGUAUCCCGUCGACUUCUGCUAUCGUAUGGGCAUCACAAACAUCACUCUCAUCUGCCCGGCAUCUGCAGAGGCAGCGAUCACCACUGCCUUGAACACCAAUCCUUAUUUGACGGCACUUCCCCUGCCUAGACCAGACAUCCUCGCCCCCAAGGACCUGGACCAGACUACAGGCACGGCUGAGAUCCUCCGUCUGCCAGAGGUCAGGGAGCUCGUAACCUCUGACUUUGUCGUUCUCCCCUGCGAUCUCAUCUGCGAGAUUGCCGGCGAGAAGCUGCUACAGGCAUGGAUGGUCAAGGGCGCCAGCAUGUCGGACCUUCUAAGCGCGCCAAAGUUUUCAGGAAGUAAACAGAGCCCCUUCAGCGGCGGCUUAGGCGUUUGGUACGAGACGAAGACAGCGACCCCAGUCAAAGGAGAGGAGACUGACUUCAUCGCCGUAACACCUUCCACUCCCUCCCCCGUCGCUCCCCCCAAAGGAUCAUUGCUUCCUAACCUCUCGAAUCUCGUGUGCUCUAUGCCCACGGACUCUCUGAAGGAUCUCACAGAGGAGAGGAAAGGGCUUCCUGUCCGCCGUGGUCUUAUGCGGAGCCACCCUGGGAUAAGAAUGCUCACGACGCACAGAGACGCGCACCUGUACAUCCUCCCGAGAUGGAUCAUGGACUUUGUUGAAAAGAACGACCGGUUGGAGAACAUUGGCGAAGACGUCAUUGGAUGGUGGGCCAAGGCCAGUUGGCAGAAGGGUCUUGCGGGAAAGCUCCACCUGGACGAGGUUCUGCGCAAGGAGGAGGACAACGACGAUGACGACGACGAUUCACUACAGGAGAGCACUACGUCACCGCAGGAUGAUGACCCUGAAGAGCUGCGACUCAGCAGAGGCAUCGAGGACAACGCCAUCGAUGGGAAAGACUUUGAUGGCACAAACCCUCAGGGAGCGGCGCUCAAGGUGCCUCCAAUUAUCGCCUACGUGCAUCCUUCCCAAGCCGACGCACCAAUGAUACGCCGCGUGGACACAGCGCAGUUGCUCCUCAACGUAUCAUUACAGCUUGCCAAAAUCCCUUCAGUGGAGGAAACUGGCAGUGAGGCAACAUCCCCUUUCGCACACGUCAAGAAGGUGGCGUAUCCGGAGGGUGUCAAGGGUCGAACGACAAUCACAAAGGCCGACAGUCUGGUCGGGGAGAACGUCACGGUGGAGGAAAAGGUGGCGAUCAAAGAGUCCGUCGUCGGAGCCAGCUGUCAGCUCAAGGAGGGGGCCAAGUUGUCACAGUGUUUGCUGAUGGAAGGUGCCGUGGUGGGCAAGAACUGCAAGCUCACAAGAUGCAUUCUUGGCAAGCGAUGUGUCAUUGGGGAUGGGUCAGUCCUGACAAACGUCGAAGUUCAAGAGAACUUGCUUGUUGAGGCCAGGACCGAGGAGAAGGACACUAAGCUCAUGAGUUCCGAUGGCUUGGAAGCCACCGAGGAGGAGAUGCAGGGAGUGCUGGAAGACAUGGACAACGAGAUCAUGGCCCAGAACGAGGAGGCAGUGGAAUAG